UGGUUCUCGGCAGCCUCGGAACUCGACACGCUCGAAGGCAGAGACGCGUGGAAAGAGGAAGAGAAAUGCGACGAAUACGAUACAGCCUUACUCAAGGCUCGACUGCAAGAGCUGGAAGAUGCGCGCAUCAGUUGCGACGCAAAGCGCAUGCUGUUCCUGGCUCGGACGUCGCUAACAAGAGAUCUGGGAGGCAUGGGCGAUCUGCGUCUGUACAAGCAUUGCAGAGUCGGCACAAAGACGCUCAUCGAACGAUACAUCUCAGCCGCUCUGGCCAUGCUCGACACGAUUGUCGAACUGUGUUCGCCCGCGAAUAAGAAAGACACGGAAUUGGAUGUCAGGGAGGUCUAUGAGCAGUUGUUGAGCGCUAGGCAGGCGUUUGGCAGAAGUGCGUUGCUGCUCUCUGGCGGCGGCACACUCGGCAUGAACCAUAUCGGUGUGCUCAAGACGCUUUUUGAAGCCCGUCUGCUGCCUCGCAUCAUCUCGGGUGCCUCGGCUGGAUCCAUCGUUGCUGCAGUACUCUGUACCAAGACUGACGAUGAGAUACCACAAGUCCUCCGCGAGUUCUGCUACGGCGACCUGGAUGUGUUUGAAAAGGAAGGAGAGCCUGAGAACGUUCUGAAAAAGGUCUUUCGCUUCUGCACCAAAGGCGCUCUUUUCGACAUCUCCAACCUCAUCCGCGUGAUGCGGAAUUUACUUGGUGACAUGACUUUCCAGGAAGCCUACAACAGGACCAGACGCAUUCUCAACAUUGGCGUGUCGACUGCCAGUCUCUACGAGCUUCCCAGACUGCUCAACUACAUCACUGCUCCCAACGUCAUGAUCUGGUCUGCCGUUGCCACGAGCUGCUCCGUCCCCUUCGUCUUCUCACCUGCGCAACUACUGGCCAAAGACCCACGCACUGGACUCGAAGUCCCAUGGGAUCAGUCACCUCAACGAUGGAUCGAUGGCUCGGUGGACAACGAUCUACCCAUGGGCCGUCUAGCCGAGAUGUUCAAUGUCAACCACUUUAUUGUCUCGCAGGUCAAUCCUCACGUUGUGCCCUUCUUAGAGAGAGAUGAUGAACCCGCGGCGUCCGGUCCUGAACCCUCCAGAUUCUCCCUAUCUGCUGGACCUGGCUGGCUUCGCAACGUCGCUAAUCUCGCAAAAGGAGAGGCUCUCCACCGAAUGCAUGUCCUUGCUGAACUCGGUGUCUUGCCAACUACCAUGUCCAAGCUUCGUUCAGUUCUGAGUCAACGAUACUCGGGCGACAUUACCAUCCUACCCGAAGUCUCCUUCACACAGUUCCCUCGCGUUCUCAGCAAUCCAACUACAGACUUCAUGUCGCGCGCCAUGCUCAGCGGCGAAACAGCGACAUGGCCAAAACUCUCUCAAGUACGGAACCACUGCGCCAUCGAGCUGGCUCUUGACGUCGCAGUGCAGAAAGUCCGCUACGGUCUCGUCUUCUCACCCAGCCAGAUCGACCUCCGC